AUGCAAAAUUUCCGUGCUUUUCUGCCCAAUGUCGCCCUUAUUCUUGCGCUACUAUCUAGCAUCUCCUCUGCAAGUCCGUUAGCGGGUACGAAUGCGGGAUCCCUAAGUCCGCGAGCGCCAAUUACACCCGGAGUCGGCAAAGAUGAUUCUUUGAUAAGCGAAUGGGAGGAUCAAUCGUCUUCCCCAGGCCAAGCAGAGGACGGGAGUACUACCGACAGUAUCUUAGAGAGAUCAGGCACAUUUUACCCACAGGUCUGGGUAGUUAACCACAAGAUAUAA